AACAGACCUAUCAUAAAAUCCAACUGCGCGAAGUUAGCCACAAAGCAUUUGACGUUUGUUAAAUCAUCGAACAAGUAACAAAUUCAACAAAAAUGGCUCUUUCCAGCACAAUUUACAACACAAUUUUCAAAAGGACCUCAACUUUCGCACUCGCCUGCGGAAUAUCAGCAUUUUUCUUUGAAAGAACGUUGGAUUUGGGCUCCGAAACAGUCUUUGAAAAAGUCAACCAGGGAAAAUUAUGGAACGACAUGAAGGAUAAAUUGUAAAUUAAUGUUGUUUAGCAAAACUUAGUUAUAUUUAAUGUAAAUAAACCUCAACAAAACAAAAUUUGUC